AUGUUGACCUGUGGCUGUUUCUCGCCUAUAUCGCAAUGGCUUAAAAUCGUAUUUAGUCGAAAAGAGGAAGAUGACAAUAUAGGGAGGAUCAUUGAAAUUGGACCUCCGACCAACUUUCGAAAAGAAAUAGUCACAAUACCAUGUAUAGACGACGGGCAGGCAUUCUUCAGUCUAGAAACAUGCUCGGAUCUGACCAGUCCAAGUCAGAGCACACUACAUCAAAAUGACAGUCACGGAGUCAUUGUCGAGAAAGAAGCCGCCCAGAACGCUGCGAUGGUGCGACAACUGUCCAAAAGGGAUCAGCUGAGGAAACAGGUUCUCAGGCUGGGUGCAAAGUUGACGACAUGA